CGCCAGUUGCAACCAGCCUGAGUGGAGUGCAUUUCAUUUUAAAUGUAGUGUGAACAAAAGCUACUUUGGAGCAUGCUGAAGCUACAGACGCCUUUCGAUCAUGCCCAGCGUUGCGGCGAGGUGCUCUGCCUGGGACCUGCAAUCUAUGAGGUGUGCUGUGCUAUGUGUGAACUUCGUCUGCCGUACGACGAAUUUCUGCAGCAUUAUCAGCAGGAGCAUGUGGGCGGCGUGCCCACAGAGGAGUUGCAUUUGCAGCCAGUGCUUAUUGCAAGCGAGGAGCUUGAGGAUCCCAUAGCACAACAUGAUGAGGUCCAUGAAGUGGACUUGCAGAAAAUAGCGUUGCUGGAGCAGAAACAGGAGGAAGAGCUGGAGACUGAGACUGAUAAAGCUGUCACAUUGCGAACCAUAAGACCUUGCAAACGGGGCCGUCGUCCGCUAAUAGCAAUGAUCAAUGACAAACUGAGGCACGAGAAAGCCCGGACAUUGCGUGAGCAGGACAGCAACGGAGAUGACGAUGACGAUGACGAACAGGACGACACACGCGAUAUGCUUUUCCAUUGUGAGCUCUGUGAUCGCGCCUAUGGCACCAAGCACAGUCUGCAGAGCCACAAGCGCCUCAAGCACAACCAAGUCAAGUUCACCAAACCUUUGGUGCCGUUAGAGCCGCCAGCUGAAACUGCUGCGGGCAGCAGCAAAUCGUCAGCCAGAGGACGACGCACUAAGGUCUAUCGCUGUUCAGAGGACGGCUGCGGUCUGACAUUUCGCUCGGAGCGUGAUCUGCGUGGACAUCGCUGGAAGCAUACGGGCAUCUUUUGCGACAUCUGCGGCAAGCCAUUUACCCAAACGGGCAACAUGAUGCGUCAUCGCCAGCGCCACAGUGGCAUCAAGCCGCACAAAUGCGAGGAGCCCGAUUGCGAUGCCACCUUCUAUACACAAAAGGAGCUCACCUCACAUAGCAUUUGCCAUACCGGACGCAUGCCCUGCAUCUGCGAAAUCUGUGGACGACCUUGUCGCGAUCGUGGCGUGCUUACUGCCCACAUGCGUCGCCACACAGGCGAGCGUCCGGCCAAGUGCAAUGUAUGCGAUAAAUCCUUCUAUAGCUUCCACGAUCUCAGUGUGCACUCGAUUACGCAUACAACGCUGAGGCCGUUUGUUUGCGAUAUCUGCGGCUCCACGUUCCAGCGCAAAAAGGCGCUCAAGGUGCACAGACAGCUGCACUCGGAUCAGCGUAGAUUUAUCUGCAAAUUGUGCGGCAAGGCUUUUGCCCAGUCCGGUGGACUGACUGCCCACAUGCGUACCCACGAGAUCUACGCUCCCAAGCCAGUGGCGCCCACAGUUGAACUUAUAAAUCCCAUUGAUGAAGUGGAUAUGGGAGAUACAACACCGACAGCGAAUCUGGAGCAAGAGGAACUGCAACUGCAGCAGCUAAUGCACAAUGAUGAAUUGAAUUCUAGCCUAUGUACAUAAAUGCCAUAUAAAAGUAUUUAAUGCUAACUCAAAUUUAAAUGUAAUUAAAUAAAGUGAAGCAA